CUAAAAGAUUUGAUACAGUCCCAAAGAGUACUAAGUGGAAUUGGUAAUCUAGGAGCAAUAGGCAUUAGGUAACCUAGCCAUUUAGUAGGAUGCCUGAGUAUGCACCCAGGUAUAAAUCCAGUAAAGAAGGUGUAGUGAAUUCUCAAUAAGUAGGGGGGUAUCAUUUGAUUCCUUUUUGUGGUAAAAAUAUAAUUUUGUGUGGAGAUAAGUUUCAUGUGAAGGCUUUUAGUCAUCAAAAAGUACAAUUUUCUUCUCAUGCACAAAACUACUUUCCAAAGACGACUUCUAGGUCCCUCUCAUCAAAAAUUUAUUAAUAUAAUGGAAGAUAGCAAGAUCUUGUCAAACUGGACAAGCAACAACAAACAAAAAAUGAAAUACGACUUUUCAUGUGAACUCUACAGAAUGUCUACCUAUUCGACUUUCCCCACCGGAGUUCCCAUCUCAGAAAGGAGUCUUGCUCGUGCUGGUUUUUAUUACACUGGUGUGAACGACAAGGUCAAAUGCUUCUGUUGUGGUCUGAUGCUGGAUAACUGGAAACAAGGAGACAACGCUAUUGAAAAGCAUAAACAGCUGUAUCCUAGCUGUAGCUUUAUUCGGAAUCUGGUUUCAGUUACUAGUCUGGGAUCCACCUCCAAGAAUACUUCUCCAAUAAGAAACAGUUUUACACAUUCAUUAUCUCCCACUUUGGAACACAGUGGCUCAUUUAGUGGUUCUUAUUCCAACCUUUCAUCAAACCCUGUUAAUUCCAGAGCAGUAGAAGACCUCUCGCCUGUGAGGACUAAUCCCUACAGUUAUGCAAUGAGUACUGAAGAAGCCAGAUUUCUUUCCUACAAGAUGUGGCCAUUAACCUUUUUAUCACCAUCAGAUUUGGCAAGAGCUGGCUUUUAUUAUAUAGGCCCUGGAGACAGGGUCGCCUGCUUUGCCUGUGGUGGGAAACUGAGUAACUGGGAACCAAAGGAUGAUGCUAUGUCAGAACACCGGAGACAUUUUCCCAACUGUCCAUUUUUGGGAAGUUCUCUAGAAAUGCUGAGGUUUAGCAUUUCAAAUCUGAGCAUGCAGACACGUGCAGCUCGACUGAGGACAUUUAUGUACUGGCCAUCGAGUGUUCCAGUUCAGCCUGAGCAGCUUACAAGUGCUGGUUUUUAUUAUGUGGGUCGCAACGAUGAUGUCAAAUGCUUUUGUUGUGAUGGUGGUUUGAGGUGUUGGGAAUCUGGAGAUGAUCCAUGGGUAGAGCAUGCCAAAUGGUUUCCAAGGUGUGAGUUCUUGAUACGUAUGAAAGGGCAGAAGUUUGUUGAUGAGAUUCAAGCUAGAUAUCCUCAUCUUCUUGAACAGCUAUUGUCAACUUCAGACACUCCUGGAGAUGAAAGCACUGAUCCUCCAAUAGUUCAUUUUGGACCAGGAGAAAAUUCUUCAGAAGAUGCGGUCAUGAUGAAUACACCUGUGGUUAAGGCUGCCUUGGAAAUGGGCUUUAGUAGAAGCCUGGUAAAACAGACAGUUCAGAGUAAAAUCCUAACAACUGGGGAAAAUUACAAAACAAUUAAUGAUAUUGUGUCAGCACUUCUUAAUGCUGAAGAUGAAAAAAGAGAAGAAGAGAAGGAAAGACAAACUGAAGAAAUGGGCUCAGAUGACUUGUCAUUAAUUCGGAAGAAUAGAAUGGCUCUCUUUCAGCAGUUGACAUGUGUGCUUCCUAUCCUGGAUAAUCUUUUAACAGCCCAAGUAAUUAAUAAACAGGAACAUGAUAUUAUUAAACAAAAAACACAGAUACCUUUACAAGCAAGAGAAUUGAUUGAUACUGUUUUAGUAAAAGGAAAUGCUGCAGCUAACAUCUUCAAAAACUGUCUAAGAGAAAUUGACUCUACCUUAUAUAAGAACUUAUUUGUGGAAAAGAACAUGAAGUAUAUUCCAACAGAAGAUGUUUCAGGUCUGUCUUUAGAAGAACAGUUGAGGAGGUUGCAAGAAGAGAGAACUUGUAAAGUGUGUAUGGACAAAGAAGUUUCAAUUGUAUUCAUUCCUUGUGGUCAUCUGGUAGUAUGCCAGGAAUGUGCCCCUUCUCUAAGAAAAUGUCCUAUUUGCAGGGGUAUAAUCAAGGGUACUGUCCGUACAUUUCUUUCAUAAAAGAAAAGUAGGCUAUAUAAAGCCUAUAUAGAAAAGUCUUUAAAAUACCAUUGGGCAGUUGAAGCUAUUUGAAGUAAA